AUGCGUCAUACGCCAAAACCUUGGUUGUGUCCCACAUCUAACCAUAUACAGCAUGUUGGUCCAACAAACGCUCUUGUUCUCGUCGAAGACCGCGUCUGUCCGACCGUCGGGAUGGACGCACGCUGGCUUCUCUUCUUCUCUAUCCUCCGCCGUUACAGAAAAAGCGGGGCGGAGUCUCGACAGCCCGCGGCACCUAUCUCGCCUCCCGCAUCGUGGGUGCAGACGCCCACCUCCGAUCUUCCAUUGGAUGAGAUAGGACUAAGAUGCGCGUACCCUCGAAGGGAGAACACACCAUGCAUCGAUCAGCGCGCAGGAUCGCCCGAUUGCCAGCACCUCGAAUCUGCUUCCGCACCCAAUCUCAGUCCCACUCAUAUUUGGACGUGGCGCAAACCUAAAAUAAUACCAAGAUGCUAUCGCCAGCCGCCUGGGACGCUCAUCGUCCCGUACAUUUGUGGAGAAGCAACGUGCGCUGAAUUCAGAACGUGUCCUCCUGUGUGGCUUAUCGUCGUUCCUUUCUUCGUCCUAGAUUUGCUGCGGCGGCGCCGCGCGCCGCAGAUAACUUUUUACCAGCUGAGUGGCGGCGUCGGUGUAUUACCGGACGGCGGAACCACGCGUUGGAUCCGGAUGGAUUACACACAAAUGCAGCCUGCAGCAGUCCUGGCAAAGGGUCUCGAACUCAGCGAGUCAUCCUCGACCCCCCGAUUGUCGUCCUCAGCGCACAAAACAGGACAAGUGCACCUCUAUCGCUGGAUGCGCUUCGGCAAGUUAGCCUUUCCGCCGUCCAUCGCGGAGAUCGACCGAUGUGACAGCCAUAAUGCAGACUUGCACACUCUGGCCUUCCUGAGCCGGUCAGCCAUAAGUGCAUUGGCUGCUUACAGGGAUCCAGAUCCCUUGCCCAUGCCUGCCCUGGCUAGUGGGUGGCAUCCAAUGGCCGCGCUGGCCAGGCCUGGCCAUGACCGUGGCUCUCCUCUCCAUUGCUCCAUUUCUCUGGGUCCAAUGAACCAUCCCGUGGCUCGCCAGCACACGCGCGCGAGCGUCAAAAUUGCGUUCAAGCGGCGGCGCGGGAGCGACAGAUCAUCAGAGGGGAACGUUCAAGCUCGAGGCACACCCACCGGCGCGAUCAGGGUCGGCCCUGCCACAUCUACCAACUAUACAAACAAUACAGUCCAGAACGCUAACGGUACCCUGCAGAUCUCCCCCGGUCGCCCCGCACCGUAG